AUGAAAAAGAGGACGGACAUUAUAAUGGAUAAUGCAUUAAAAAAUGUUAAAAAUUACAAAGCAAAUGAACGAAACGAGGAUCAGGCAGACAACAAAUUGAAAGAGCAUUUGGCUCUGAAUUCCACAGAGAUUGACAAUUUACUUUUAUUAAAAGAAAUGCCUGACAUUAACAAUUUUCUUAUUAACAUCAAUCAGAUUGACUUGGAAUCGGCUGAUAGAAUGAAAAACCGAAAAGAGAACAUGAAUCCGAAUUCUGCAGUUACUGAAGAAUUACUAAUUAAAAUGACAAACAGCGGCAAUAUUGCUGUCAAUUAUGAGACAGCGGACCGACGCUUCAGAUCAGAGUCAAUUCUUAAUCGAGACAUACUCGCCAGGAGACCUAUUCAGGAAAAAAGAGUGUCUUCUUCAUCUUGUAAUAGUUCAAGUUCAUCUCGUUCAAGUUUAUCAAGCUCCAGCUCCUCAAGUUCCAGCUCCUCAAAUUCUAGUCCAUGUUCUUCGAGCAACGCACAAAAUGUGAACUCUAACGUGAUUACCUGUCAUAUUAAUGCGGAUGGUGCGAGUACCAGCCAAUUAGCUACAAGAAGUCUUAGUGGUAGAGCUAUUUUAAAAUCUAUAUUUAUACCUAUUAAUGCUCCUGAAAGUGAUCCUGUUUUAAGUGAUAAUGACCCUACAUUUCAAGACCCCAACGAAAUUUCAACGCGUCUUAGAAGCUUGUCCUCUUCCUCGACAGACUCAACUUCACAACCUGAAACACCCCAACAUGAGAUACAACAACCCGAGACAAGUAACGCAAACGAACCGAACACGACUCAAAGAAAAUCAAGAAAAAGGCUGCGUAACCCCGCAUCAUGGAAGCAAAAUGCGCAACACUGGAAAAUCUUACAUUUCCCUAUCGAAAUCUAG